CUACACUGUGCGAUGGCAAUUCGUGACAUCUAUGGAUAGUUUGAAUAUGCGCUUGGGUCCGUUAUCCUUGUCAAGUCUACGAUCACAUUCAACCACCUUGAUACUAUUGCAUCGAUACCCGGUUCACCAUGGCGGAUCUUGAUGCCCAGAUCAAUCAGUACUUCGCCCAAGGGGAUUCUCCAGUGCCCCAAGAUGUCAUGAACGAGCUUCGACACAUCAUACAACUACUUUCACUCAGUCCCGAGGACCUCUAUUACAAAUGGGACAGCUAUGUUAUUACCAUGGGCGCCGAAACUACUAGACUGGACUACAAGACUGUACGAGACUUCAAGAAGACGCUUCAAGAUGCCUUCGAGCGGGACACCCGGAAGAGCAACAAUGUGCAAGGCUCGUCGAAGCGGGCGGCAGCAACGCCGCGGGCCACAGCCAUGGGAGGAAGCGAUGUUUUUGGCAUAAUGGAAAACAUGGUUUCUACGCCGAGUGCGAGGAACACUAUGACUGCGAAGAGGAAGGCGAUGCACUUGGAGACCCCACUACCAAAAUCUGUCAGGAGCGGAGUACAGAGCUCGCCGGGCGAUUACAAUCCCCUCUCGGGACACCGCAAUGCCCCGGCUGUUGCAUUCGAAUCGCGACAGAAUUCCGGUGAGAUACUUGAAACGCUCAAUUCACAGCUGCCGGUGUCUGCCAUACCCGAUGAGCCGCCGUCAGAUGCUCGCAUCAAAUUCAAAGCAGCGAUCGACCUGCCCAAAUUUUCAUACAAGCCAAUGGCCAUGAAGUUGUCUGAGGCUUCGGAAAUCCUCGAUGAUAGGAUCGACAGCUUCACCGAUCUUGUGCAGAAGCACUACGAGCUACCAGAUGGAGCUUUCGGCAACGCAGCAGCGCAGUCAAGCGCCGAAAUCGUUGCAGUGGGCCGCAUAGCUUGUAGCGUACCCAAUGGCAAGCUCAAUCACAAAGAUGUGGUUUUGGAGACCAGCAGACGCAUGGGUGCCGGAUUGCGGGUGCCAUUGCUAUUGGACGGCGCCAAUUACGAUUUUUUCCCGGGAAAGAUUGUUGCGCUUAAAGGUACAAACGUCAGCGGCAAGCAUUUCGCAGUGACGGAAGUCUUGCCGAUGCCAUUACUCCCACCUGCAGCAUCUAGCCCCGUCGACAUCGACCUUCACAACGAUCGUCUAGUGGGCUCGAGCGGGGAGUCAAGACCAUUGAGAUUGCUGGUAGCUAGUGGUCCCUUCACGACGGAUCAGGAUCUAUCCUUUGCACCAUUAUACGCCCUAUUGGAAAAGGCAGGACAAGAAAAGGCGGAUGCCGUUUUCCUAUCGGGCCCGUUUCUCGAUCUGGAGCAUCCUGUCGUCGCAGCGGGAGACUUCGAGGCGUUUUUGCCUCCUGAUUCCAAGAUAGAACCAGACCGAGCGACGAUUCUUGACAUGUUUCGGACGUUUAUCAGUCAGCCGUUGCAGAAGCUUGCACAUGCUCUUCCGUCAAUCACGAUCAUCUUAGUACCGUCAAUGAGAGACGCUAUCAGCAAACACGUCGCUUGGCCACAGGAUCGUGUACCGAAGCCUGCGCUCGGUCUUCCCAAACAGGCCCUGUUGGUCGCCAACCCCAUGUCUCUCUCCAUCAACGAGAUGAUCUUCGGGAUGUCGUCUCAGGAUGUGUUAUCAGAACUUCGGCGUGAAAAUGUCCAUAACUUGGCUAAGGGACAAGCCUUCAACGAUGAUUUCCUCGCUAGGCUUUCCAGUCACGUCAUCGAGCAGAGCCAUUUCUUCCCUAUAUUUCCAUCUGCAACCCGCGAGGCACUCCCGAAGCCUGCAGGGAUUCCCGACGAGGUUCCCGACGUAGCAGGAGAAGAGCGCCUUGCUGUUGGAGCCAAUGUUGAUCUGACCUAUCUGAAACUCGGCGAAUUCUGGAAUGCUCGACCCGACGUGCUCAUCCUCCCGAGUGUGCUGAACCCGUUUGCCAAAGUCGUGAAUUCUGUCUUGUGCAUCAAUCCUGGAACACUUAGUAAACAACGCGGUCCCGGCACUUAUGUCACAAUGCACAUACAGCCACGUAUUCUGAGUGACGAAGAGCGCGAAGUUAGCGACGUUUCACAUAAUGUGUUCGAGCGAGCGCGAGUCGAGGUGGUGCGGAUAUGAUGUCUGCAAUAUGCUUUGUGUGCCA